CCAAUUAUUCGUAUGCAAAUUCAUAUAUUUAAACCAAUAAACCUUCGGCACGACCUGUCACCAGGACAAAAGGGUGACACGACUAGGCUUUAUUUUUGCUUCAAACUUUUCCAGUUUUGAUCUUUAUUGUCACUUUAAUUAUAUUGGUAAAAAUUAGAAAAAAAUUCAUUUACCCCUUUAACCUUUUGAGUUUGAAAACAAAAAUAGCUCCUUUAAUUCUUGAAUCAAUGGAGGAACCCCCUUUAACAUUAACGUCGACAGCCAAUAAGAGAGUAUUAUAGUUGGAAUGUAUAUUAAAGGAUGUGGUAUAUUUUAUGUGAUUAAUUUGUUUACGUAAUAAUGCUUGAGAUAGCGUGUAGACGUUUUUUUAAACUUUUAGUUGCAAAUGUCUAAUUAUGAAUAUUUUUGCGUGUGUGCAAAUAUUCAAUCACGCACAAAAGUUUGUUCAAAAUAUUAGUUGGAAGUGUUUAAUACUUUUUCACAUGUCCAUACUCCAUAUGCUCAAUCGGCACAUAUUGUAAAAUUUAGUGCAAGUUUAAGAGGGUGUUGGUGUAUUCCGCCUUAAAUGUAUUCAAACAUCUUAUUGUUCAUUUUGAUUGUUGACUUUAUAAUUAAGAGGUGUUUUUUCAAUCUUCAUUUUGAGAAAAGUUGUUUCCCAAACCUAAAAAAGAAAAAAAUAAGCAAAAUCUUACUCCUAAAAAAAGAGCUAAAAUUCAGAAUAAAGUAACAUCAACACCAAGUCCGGGCAUACUGGACCUAGAGGAGAGACAAUACCAGUUGCGACUGGACAAAUGAGACACAUCUUUGUACAUUUAUACUGCUAUACAUAAUGAAUCAAAGACUUGUACUUUCUGUAAUCAACGCACAUUCGUUAAACCCAUUCAUGUUAAUCCUAAGUUUAUAUUUCUAAAACUAUAUUUAAGCAAUGAAUGCAAGAAAACUAGUAUCCCAAACUCAUUAUACUCAAAUUCCUCAAACAAUUAGAAACUCUCUCCUUUGUGCUGCAAUCAACCCACCCAAUUCAAACCCACCAUUUUUACCAAAACCCCCUUCAAUAUUAGCCACUGGUCUCCUCAAAUCCUACUUCGAAAGGGGUCUAAUCAGAGAAGCACGUACACUGUUCGAUGAAAUGCCUGAAAGAGAUGUUGUUGCUUGGACAACCAUGAUUUCUGGUUACACUUCAUGCAAUCUUCAUGGACGUGCUUGGGUAGUUUUCUGUGAGAUGAUGAGGUGUACAAAUGUGAGCCCCAAUGAGUUCACAUUAUCUUGUAUAUUGAAGGCUUGUAAAGGGAUAAACUCUUCGUCUCGUGGAGCUUUAGUUCAUGGUUUGGUACUUAAGCAAGGCAUGAGUGGGAGUCUUUAUGUUUCCAAUGCUCUCUUGGAUGUUUAUGCGACGUGUUGCGUUGAUAUGGAUGAAGCGUAUGCGGUUUUUCAUGAGAUAAGAGGGAAAAAUGAUGUGUCUUGGACUACUUUAAUCGCAGGAUAUACUCAUCGUGGUUAUGGCUAUAUGGCGCUUAAUGUUUUCAGAAGAAUGUUAUUGGAAGAGGGUGAAUCAAACCCAUUUACCUUUUCAAUUGCGGUUAGAGCCUGUGCCUCGGUCCAUUCAUGUACAUAUGGGAAGCAACUUCAUGCUGCAAUAGUCAAACAUGGGUUGGAUUUUAAUCUACCCGUAAUGAAUUCUAUUUUAGAUAUGUAUUGUAGGUGUAGCAGCUUAAAUGAUGCAAAGCAAUGCUUCGAUGAUAUGAUUCAAAGGGAUUCAAUCACGUGGAACACUUUGAUUGCUGGAUAUGAGAAAUCUGAUCCAUAUGAAUCUAUCAGCACAUACUCGAGUAUGGAGUCAGAAGGUCUCAGCCCUAAUUGCUUCACAUUUUCCAGCAUUAUAGCAGCUGUGGCCAAUUUGGCAAUUUUGAGUUGUGGAGAGCAGAUUCAUGGAAGAAUCAUAAAGAGAGGCCUCGGAGGGAACUUGGAGUUGGACAAUUCCCUAAUAGACAUGUACGCAAAGUCUGGCAAUAUUGCAAGUGCACGUAGAAUUUUUGAUGAAAUGCCCAAGAAAAAUCUGGUUUCGUGGACCUCAAUGAUGAUUGGUUAUGGAAGCCAUGGAUAUGGAAAUGAAGCUGUUGACUUUUUUGAAGAGAUGGUUAAAUUUAAAGUCAGGCCAGAUAGGAUAGCAUUUGUGGCAGUUUUAAAUGCAUGUAGCCAUGCUGGGUUUGUGGACAAAGGGUUAAGGUAUUUUAUCUCAAUGGUUGGUGAUUACAACAUAGCUCCAGAUCUGGAGAUAUUUGGGAGCUUAGUAGAUUUGCUUGGACGUGCUGGACGAGUUGAGGAGGCUUUUAAGUUGAUAGAGAGUAUGCCAUUUGAUCCUGAUGAAUCUGUUUGGGGAGCAUUCCUAGGAGCAUGUAAAGCACACAAUCAUCCAGAUUUGGGCAAGCUGGCUAUAAGAAAGGUGUUGGCUUUGAAACCAAAAAUUGCAGCAACCUAUGUAGUUUUGUCAAAUAUCUAUGCAGCUGAUGGUAAAUGGGGUGACUCUGCAAAAAUGAGGAAGUUGAUGAGAAGGAUGACUACCAAGAAAGAGGCUGGGAGAAGUUCGGUGGAGAUAAAGAAUCAGAAUUAUAGUUUUGUUGCUGGAGAUAAGAUGGGUUCACAUAUGGAUUGUGUUGAUGAAGCUGUAAAAAUGCUGGUUGAACAUAUGAGAGACGCACUAUAUAUUCCUGAUUUGGACUUCUUUAUACAUGACUUAGAAGAUGGAACUUGAAAAGUAACAGCAAUGAGGGUCAAAGUGACUUGCUGUUGUCUAUGUUGGUAUAAUUCAUUUAUUCUUUUGGUGCAGUUGAAUUCAAUUCGAUGCAAAAGAAGAUAGAUUCAUUUGCUUCAGAAGCCACAUUGCAUUCUAUACAAAAAGAGAUCUGUUAAAGAAAGUUGAGGGAGGAUAAGCAAUCACUGUUGUUCAAUAGUUGAUACUGGACCUAGUAGGUUACCUAACCAAGUAAAGUCAUUCUUUGCCAUGAUGCAGUACAUAACUACAUGUGAAGUUCAUGGAAAUCAAGCUCUUGAUUACUCUGAACUUGGAGUAUAGUGAAUUUUCUAAGUUCUAAAAUGCUCUUGGAAGAUCCGGCGAGGGGACAUUGUUAUUAUGGGAAGAUUGAAUAACUCUAUGAUCUUCUUGAACUUGUAUUUCUUAAGAGCAGAUUCGCAUCUGCAUCUGCUGUCUUUGCCAUUCUGGGAAGAAAAUUGCUGAAGUGGUAUUGCUAAGUCUCAGUUCCAUAUACUAAAAUAACCAUUCUUUAGGAGGUGAAACACAUUCUACUUGUACAUCGGUGGUUAAGAUUGGGUCCGUAGUGGUCUGGAGGGUAUUGUUGAAUGGCUAUGUUUCUGAACCAGUCAAUUGCAAUAGUCCAUUGUCUUGGGAAAAAGUGUAACAUCAUUCACGACAUGCACCAGUCAACACCUAGAUAGGUGGGCACAUAAGUGACAUUCACGAAAAUCAUAGGCUGCGGUGAAACAACAAAACAGAACAUAUGAUACUAUGCUAGUGUUCAAGUUUUGAGUCUUGUCCCC